AUGAGUGUCUGUUUCAUUUGCUGCCGAGUGUUCGCAGGAUUGAAUGGGGAGAAAGACAUGUGGAAGCAUGUGACUAGUUAUCAUGUGGAUAAAGCGCCAGAACCUAAACACAUGUGCAAGAUUUGUGGUGGAGGAUUCACUACUCGAACGCACUUGAAACGCCACAUCAUCUACAAGCAUUAUCAAGCCGGAUUGAGUCCAUGUACUCAUUGUUCCCGAGUUUUAAAAAGUCAACGCUCUCUACGAAUACAUCUUUGUUUGGUGCAUUCCGUUUUGCUGAAUGGUGAGAAAAUCGUCGAAAAAAAAUAUGCUUGCAAAAUUUGUAGCGUUCGCUUUGGAAUUGUGGAAGCAGCAAAAAGACACAUCUUUUACUGCAAGCGAAACAAGCUAACUCAGGAAAAAGUCAUUGCUAAAAGAAGACGUACCAAUAGUCAAACCAAAGAAGCUUUAUUGACAACUAUUGAUCAGGCGAGUACUUCAAAACAAAGUGAUGCAUACGGUUUAUGGAAAGCAGAGGACGUGGUCGAUUCAGGUCAAUUAUCUGUUUUUGAGCUUCUUCCUAAGCCUAAAUCAACUCGCCAAAAAUUAGACAAAUCGUGUAUGUAUUGUUCCCAAAGUAUGUCAUCGAUGCAAUCGUUGAAGCGGCAUAUCCAAAGAAAACACCCGGACAAGAUUGAAGAAGCAAAUCGCCUAGGAAAGACCUACGCAGCCAUAGAUUCGACGGAUUUGCCGUAUGCUUGCCUGGACUGCGGACGGCGUGUGGCCAAUCGAGCUGCUCUCAGCCUUCAUAGACGUCGUGUCCAUGAGAUUAAAAAAGAUCACGUGUGCAGUUAUUGUUAUAAGCGUUAUCCUCUAGCUUCAGAGCUUCGUAGACAUAUCAAGCGGGUACAUGAAGCACCGCUAGAGGAGUCAAACAGAUUGAAGGAACUUCAAGAGGUUGUUCUCGCUUUUAUGGUCAAAGAAGAACAUGGAUUAGGAGCUGAAACAGAUAGAGAAGACGGUGAUGCAGACAAGGAUCAAUCAAUAAACGAAGAUGUCAAACAAUCAAUAUCCGAAGGCUGCUGUGUUGAAGCGUUGUUUCCUGUGAACGCUAGCGAAGAACUUUUUGUUAAAGAAGAAUUAGAGUCA